ACGUAUGUCUCCAGUCGAGCUUCCGUCGCAACACACGAAUGUAAACAAAACUUUAACGGCUAAUAUUAUGUGUUACGUUUUACGCAUUUUUUUUCCAUUUAAUUAUUAUGUUACACGGUGUUUUGGGCGCCUAAUUGCGGACAUGAUGUGCUUUAGUAAAAGUUUAACUGAAUGAAAUGAUGUUUUUACACAACAAAACCGUGCCUCUCUGUCAUAGGGAGUAUCAUGGAUCCAAAGAUCGCUUAGUUUCAAAAGGUACGAUACCUUUAAGCACAAUAUACCGUCGUGAUUAUAAGUGUGCAGGCGCAGCUCGGUAUUGAGUAUGUCAACAGCUGAAGGCGCGGACGCAGAGCUGCGUACAUGCAGUCGGCCGCAGACGGCUGCAUUACCUGCAGAGGAUGUUACUGCAGGCUGGAGGAGAGAGAUGAGACUGAACGACAGAGUCGAUGUGUACAUUAGCAGUCCUGAGGGCAGGUGCCUCAGAUCCAAGACUCGGCUUCAUAAUAAUCUGCUCUCAGAAAAAGACAUCAACCUUCAGUUUAGUGACUUCAACUUCACAGCAUCCAGUACCCACAGCAGAGUGACUCCAGCUGAACAAAACGGCCAACAGAAAAAGAAAGGAAAAAAGAAAGGAAAAGCCAAGGUUAUGGACAAUUCUCUUCUUAUUCCUGGGAUAAUAAGACUUGAAGAAAUGGAUUGUCAGGAAGAGGUUGGUGAACGAAUUGAGCUGGAAGCAAAGGAUUCUGAUCAAAUCGGAGACAAACAUAUAGUGACACUUGCUGUAAGACCACAGUCUACUUCAAAGUGUCAAGAACAAAGUAUGUUAGAGAAUACACUGGAAAAACAGACUUUAAGAGAAUUUAAAGAAGAAAAUGAGACAAGCUCAAACCAUGUGGAACAUAUGUCACCUUCUAGAAACACAGAAAGCCGUUCAAAGGUAUUGGCAGAGAAACGAACAACUAGCCCAUACUUUAGUGGAAGGAAUGAUGAUUUGAGUCCCCCAAAGCGUAAGGCCUUCAGGAAAUGGACCCCACCUCGCUCACCUUACCGUCUUGUUCAAGAAACACUGUUUCAUGAUCCCUGGAAGCUUCUAGUGGCCACAAUAUUUCUCAACAGAACCAGUGGGAAGAUGGCUAUUCCCACGUUGUGGCAGUUUUUUGAGCGGUAUCCAAAUGCAGAAGUGACUCGAGUGAGUGACUGGAGACCACUUGCUGACCUGCUGCAGCCUCUGGGGCUCAGUAACCUCCGUGCAAAGGCACUCGUACGCUUUUCCGAUGAAUAUCUGAGUAAAUCUUGGCGGUAUCCUAUUGAGUUACAUGGCAUUGGAAAAUAUGGCAACGACUCGUAUCGUAUCUUCUGUGUGGAGGAGUGGAGAGAGGUCACCCCAAAGGACCAUAAACUCAACGACUAUCACACAUGGCUGUUGGAAAACCAGGAGAGAUUAGGAAUUUGAUUUCCGUGAUAGCAAAAUGUACUUGAAUAAAUCCAUCAUGACAAGCAUGUGCAAGUCAGUGUGCUUAACUGGGGAACUGAUCAGAAACCUGCUGAAGCUUCAUACUCUGUGAUAAUGUUUUCAUUGUGAAGUUAUAUUCAUUUUAAAUCAAUUUAACUGAAAUGUUUAUGCAAAAAUUACGUAAAUAAAGGUGAUUUUAUUGUUUGUA